GAUGUAAGAAAGCAAACAGGUGCUUUCGGUGACGCAUUUGCUAAACUAGAUCAAUGCAAAUUUAAGGACAGCAUGGGCAAAUGGAGGAAGGCUCUCGAGGAAGCAUCAAAUUUGUCUGGAUGGACAUACGAGGCUCUCGAGAAUUGUUCGAUCCUAUAAGGUCCUCAAGCAGGAGUUGAAUUUGCAGUUGAACGGACAAAAGACAAAGACAGGUGAAAUCUUAGACCGUUAGAUGUGUUAUUGGAUAUGUGGUGAUUUAUGAUGAUGAAAAGGUUAGGAAGCUCAGGUGAAAAAUUAGGUCAAGAGAGGAUCCUCUCUCAUUUUUAAUGUCUCAUUUAGUAAUUUGAUGUACUCAUAAAAUCUGAUGUUAGGUGUGUAAAAAAAGGGAUGUGUAUUUAGUAUUUAGAAAUGUGUGAAUAAAAUUUCUCUAACGAAAUUUAUAAGAAAAGAUGGUCCUUUUCUUCAUUCAAAAGUGAACAUCAUAUUAAAACAGUAGAACAAGUUUAUGCUCUUAGUAAGCAACAUGAAACAUGUCAAUUAUUUAGCCCUGAGUCAAUCAAAAAACACAAAAAGAUGGUCACAAUUUUUUUACAUAUAGGUUUAGUCCAAAUCGGCGUUAAGCCAUUAACCCGAAAAGGUCUCAAUGCCUCUAUACUUCUAUGCCUCAGAGAUGCAAGAUUCACCGACUUCAAUGACAGUACCCUAGGAAUCAUUGAGUCAAGCUUAUUCAAUAGCCCAAUCCAUUUUGAUUGUUAUCCAGAUUUUACAAUUAGCCUUAGUGAUCCUCACAUCUUAAAAUCCUUAACCUUAAAUAUUAAAACUUUAGGUUACAAUGUCCUCGAAGGAACCCAACCAUUAGCCUUAAUUUAUAGAAUCCACUAUAAAGUCACUGGUACAAAAAUGAAUUUUCAAGCCAUAAGUAAAAGCCCAAAAGAUCAAACUCUUUUAAUUCAAAGCAGUCAAGAAAAUGCUAAUAUUAGAGUUCCACACACAUUCAGAUGGUCAGAUGUCCAUCUGCCUUCUGAAUGGUCUCUCACUAGUGAAAAUCAACCUAUCAACAUACAACAUAAUUUAUCUGACUUAAACUGUAUCCAACAAUACAACGAUGACAUAGUAAGAAUCAAUUUUCAUAAUCCUAGACUAAGUCAACAUCUUAGGAUUCAUGAAUUAGGACAAUCAUCAAGACAUUCUUUCACAGCUUCAAGGCAUUAUUUUGUAGGAUCCACAUCUGCUGAAAAUAUGUCAAGACAAGACUGUGACUUAGAUAAAGAAAUAAAAAAUAUUAGAAUAAAAGAAUUAGAGGAAGAAUUACAAAAACUAAAAAUUAAAAAUCUUCAAACCACCUCACAAGUUAGUUACCCCAGUUAUGCAGAAACUCAACUAGUCUUAGAUGAUGAACAAACAUCUCCCACAGCUACUGACUUUGAAGUCGUUCCUCCCAUAAAUCCUCAAUUAAGUACACUUAGUCGACCAUUUACAAUUAAUUAUUCAAAAUUAGAUAAAGAUCUUGAAUCGGCAAAAAAUAUUCUUAGACGAAACCUUUAUAGAAAACAAUAUCCCUUAAUCGAACAACGAAAACAAUUGUUUAAAAAUUGGCAAGCUUUUAUACUUGAGACCCAAUCUGAAAAUUUUUUCCUUGAUUUCAUUGACCAACAAAGCCAAAAAAAUAUUCAAACCCUCACAAAAGCAAAAUGGAAAACACCCACUAACUCCAUUGUUUCUUCCAGUCAUCCCUUUGUUGAAACUAUAGUCAUUGAUCACCUACAAACACCCAUAACCGCAUCACCCUUUAAAAUUGCUAGAGAUGAUCCAGAAAUUAAAAAAACUAUUGAACAAAAUAAUUACACAAAUCAAAGCCUAGUCACUAUAGGAAACCAACUAGACAAAAUAGAAACAAAAGUAGAUAACAUUUUUUCAAAAGUAAGCAUUCUACCUUAACAACAAUCAGAAACACCAUUAAUUCACUUUAGUGAAAUAAAUAAACCUAAUCUCAAGCCCAUCUCCACUGCACAAAAAAUUGAACGAAUGCUCAAAGAACUCAAAGCUGAACCCAGCAGACUUGCAGUCAUCCAUACCCACGAAUAAUCUUCAGACUCCUCCUCUGAUAGUGAUUCUAGUACAAUUUCCAACAUAAAUCAAACAUUUCAAGACCUCCAAUUACAUAGGAUAGUUCACCCAAAGAAACGGCAUUUCAAAAAUUAGACAGAACGCCCUCUGCCAUUAGAUAUUCAACCCAGUACUUAUCCCAAUAAUCAGUUUUCAGUCUCUUCCGAUAAGACAUAUGAAUGGAACAUUGAUAAUUUAUCAGAACAAGAAAUAUUAAAUAAAUUACAUCACAUGCCCAUGGCGGCCAAUAGUUAUGUCACUAAUCAUAAUUUCAGCCAGCCUAAAAUUAUUGAUAUCCUCUCCACAGGAUUCACAGGAAUACUUCAUUCCUGGUGGGAAAAACAUCUCACUCCUGAUUCUAGAGCAGCCAUUAAACAAGCAGUUAAACAUGACGAGGAUGGAAUUCCAAUCUUCGAUGAAAACAUUGGAAUGAGAAUUUCUGAUGCUGUCAAUACUUUAUUUUACACAAUUAUUCAACAUUUUAUAGGCGCAGCUAGUCACAUUACCUCCAGAAUCCAUGAUCAACUUAGUAAUCUUAGAUAUCUCACCUUAAGCGAUUUUAAAUGGUAUAAAGAUGUCUUCAUUUCCAGAGUUAUGCUUAGAGAUGAUAGUAACCAACCCUUUUGGAAAGAAAAAUUCAUAAAUGGUUUGCCCAAACUAUGUGCUUACAAAAUUAGACAAGUCUUAAGUAAUGAAACAGGACACAUUAAUUAUGAUACCCUUACAUAUGGAAAUAUUAUUAUAGUUAUUCAAAAAGAAGGAUUAAAAAUGUGCAUAGACAUGAAACUAAACUCUCAAGUAAAAUCAGAUAAGAAAAUAGCCAAAUAUGAGUUAGGCAACUUUUGUGAACAAUAUGGUCUACCACCAUUACCUCCUUCACGGCGACAUAAAAAGAAAAACAACGAAUUUGACUAUCAUCAUACAAAAAGAAAAUUUACCCGCAAUAAAUUUUACUCAAGAAACAAAAAUGAUUUCGAACCAAACAAAUUUUACUCUAAAAACAAAUUUCGAAAAUCCUGGCCCAGACAAACAAAUCGCCACUCAAAAAGAAAGUUUUUUGACAAAAGUAAAACCAAAUGUUAUAAAUGUAACAAAACUGGCCACUUCGCAAAUA